CGACACUCCCGCCCCUCCCCUUUCCCUCGCGCUCAACCCCUCCGCCCAGUCAUUCAUUCAUAUUUGGUCUUCCGGAAGUGUCUCAGGGUCGGGCCAGUCAGUGCCUGCGCGAGCUGACUCGUGGGAUUGAUGCCUUUGAUAAGUGGAGGUCAUGCCAGAAACAUGAAUGGAACUUGGAAACGUGGCAAAAAAAUGAAAAUGGCGCCAUUGACAUGGAUUCUACAAGAUCUUGUGGCUCUGUCAGGCAAUGUUUUAUUGUUCUCUCAGGUUAUAAUAAACUGAGUACUGAAUAUUAUGAUUCCUUCUCUACUGCUAAAUGUACAGAAGUUGCUAUGCGCAAACAGUGUGCAUUGGACAGGAUAGGUGAGGCCAUUCCACAUAUUAAGUGGACUGAUCUCACUGUAACCAAAGAUUGCCAAAUGUCUAAGGGUCAAGAGAGGGACUUAUCAGAUGAGAGAUUCUCAGUGCGGACUGAAUCUAAAGACAGAGUCAACCUUAAUGUGUUUCCACCACAAGAUCACACUGGAGUUGUAAAGGAUUACAAGCCGGCCUCACCAAAUCACGUCUUUAAUUUACACUUAAACCAGACAACUUCACUCGAAAAUAAGAGUGUUGAAAAUGAAGUCAUUACAUUUGAAGAGAACUCAAGGAGCUUACCAGCAAACAUGCUGCUGAUCCCUGAGAUGGUGUGUGAGUCUGUUGGAACUGACGUUUGUGAAGUAACAACCAAAGUUACAAACAUUGCUGACAUCUCAACCAAUGAUUUACCAGAAAUUAAAAUUCAGCGACAAUCUAUUUUGAAGGAAAGUUUUCUACCAUCAGCUGUCACCGUCAACCACACAAACCAGGAGACAUGGACUGAGAAUGAGACACAGGUUGUGACACUUAGUAAGAGGGAGUCAAAAAUGUGGGACAUUGGAGAUGGACGUAAAUGCAGACAUUGCACAAAAAGAAAGUUUAAAAUACUGUAAAGAAUUUAAAACAAAAAUUUUGUGUCAUAGAGAUGUUGAGAUAUUUGAUAUUGGAAGGGCCAUGGCAACUGCAAGUGCGGGAGAUUUUAUGGGACAAAAUGAUGAGGUCGAAGUGUUAGAUUUAAGCCUACCAAAAAAGAAAGAAAAAAUGAAGGAGAUGCAGUGUGAAUGGGUUGUGGACUCUCAAUACGAAGGUUCGCUUCUUAUGGAAGUUGAUGAAAUUGAGGAUGAUCACCAACAUGAGGAGGUGGAGCAAGAGGACUAUUAUGAAAAUGGUUGGAUUCCAUCAGGUGAAGCUCAAACAUAUCUCCCACAGCAUUGGGAUGGACAUCUGUCCCCGAAUUCUCUUAUAGCCAUGUCAACGUUUACUAGUGUACCAAUGACUCCUGAUACACUACUUAUAGAUGAUCAGGGAAUUCCUUACGUGCUCACCCCUGAUGGACAGAAAGUUCCACAGAUUGAUAAUAUAGAAGAUACUGAGGAACUAUCCAAAAAAACAGCUCCAAGCCAAGCUGAAGAUAAUGUCCAGGAUGUCUCAGAAUCCAGACAAAAUGCCCAACCUAACGAACUUGGUCAUGUCUCAGUGGAAGCUUCACAAGUUGUUCCCAACCUUGAGUCAACUACAGCACACUCUGUAGUUCUUGCUAAAUCAUCCUUGUCAUCUGCCGUGUCUGAGUUGGCAUCAGUUCCCAUUCAGAUUAUGGCUAAUACUACUGGGUCAAACACUCCCAUUCUGCUGCUUUCUCCUUCUCAGCUUCAGACACUUUCCUCACCAGCCUUUAAGACUAACCCAGGGCUAAUUACCCUUUCUUUACCAGUUCAGAGUACUCCGACCUCCUCCAUGAUCCUUGUUUUGUCAUCUCCUCAGGUGUCCUCGACUCAGAGUUCGUCCCCAACAGAGCAAUCCCGUACUUCAACUGUUGCACUUCCGUUAGCUGCUUGUCCACUUGACUUGGGAUCUAAAUUAUGUGAACGCCCUUCACCUCUCAGCCUUGACUCUUCCACAGCUGCAGACAUCUCAGGACUGAAUAACACCUCUAAUCUUCCUCUUAGCCCUACCUCAUCGACUGUUUCCACUGGCACUUCUACAGUGAUCCCUACAAGUCCGACCAAGCAACCCUGCACUGAUGCCUACACAAUGCCAACUUCUUUUAGGGAGGCCCUUGUCAGAUUAGCUGUGUCUGCUGAGAAAAAAAGUGAAAGUAUUAAAACGCACUCGGUCGCUACUUCCUCCUCUCUUUCUGAAGAUUCUUCUGCCACUGUCCAUGACAUCAUCACCCACGAGACAGGGACGAACUGUGACGACCAGUAUCCAGCUAUUGAGACUACGUCUGCCUCAGUGGACCAAACCGACACCAUGUCCACCAAUGACUGUUUUCAACUCUCUUCCAGCUCACCCCUUCGUUCAACAUCACCUGAAUUUCCCAUAAAUGACUCAAAAAACCAAGAUACACAAGGAUUAGGUCCACGGCGCAUCCUUUACUGUCAGUACUGUCCGAGGAUCUUCUACUAUCUUUCGGACCUUGAACGACAUUCCAUCACGCACUCCCAAAACAAGCCCCACGUGUGCCAAAUUUGCGGCAAGGCUUUUAAAAGAUCAAGCCAUCUUGAGCGACACAAGCACAUACAUACAGGUCAGAGAAACUUUGUGUGCCAGCUUUGCCCAAGGCGUUUUCGUGAGUCUGGAGAGCUAAUGAGGCACCAGAGAGUACAUACGGGUGAAAAACCUUUUCAGUGCUUAAUAUGCCACAUGCGGUUCGCAGAGCGCAACACGCUGCGGCGUCAUACGAAGCGCAAGCACCAAGGUCAGCAGCAGCAGGCAAUGGACGUGAAUGCAAAGGCAGAAUGUGCAGGGAUUUCACUUGUUGGUAUACAGGAUGAACCGGAGGACAAUGCAGAGUGGUACAUCUCAACGCUACCUGAAAUGGAGACUGACAGUGAUACGGGGGGUGAAUGAGCUGUAUAAGGGCAGACCAAAUAGGUGUAUGAGAUUUUCAGGAAUAGCAUUGCUGUAAAUAUGUUUUAUUUAAUCUGUAUUGUUAUAACUAUUU